AUGGUCAUGGUAAAAUAUAUCUUGUUCCUAAUACAAAUUUUAUUACUUAUAUUGAAAGUUCCAUAUUAUAUUUUCAAAGAUGUAUACAGAUUAAUCAACCCAAUAAAGGAAAAAAACGUAGCUGGUGAAAUCGUUUUGAUAACAGGUGCAGGUCAUGGUAUCGGAAAGGAAUUAGCGAUUGGUUAUGCUUCAUUAGGAGCAACAGUGGUAUGUUGGGAUAUUAAUGAAGACACCAACAAUGAAACAAUGAACUAUAUUAAAAGAACAGGAAAGAACUCUGUGUAUGCGUAUCAAUGUAAUGUAGCGGACAGGGAAGACGUUUUCAGAAUAGCAAAGAAAGUAAAAGAAGAAGUAGGUGAUGUAACUAUCUUGGUUAACAAUGCUGGCAUAGUAUUUCCUAAAUUAUUUCUGAAGCAAAGUCUUGAUGAAAUUGCACAAGUCAUAAACGUCAAUGUGAUGGCGCAUUAUUGGACAUUGAAAGCAUUCUUACCUAGUAUGAUCGAAAAGAAUUACGGUCACAUUGUAUCGGUUUCAUCAGUAUCAGCAUUUCUUCCCUUAUUUUUUGGGACAACUUACUGUCCUUCAAAAUCAGCAAUUAAAGCAAUGAUGGAAUCUAUAUCGGAUGAGUUACGUAUAAUAAGUAGAGGAAAAUCAGCUAUUAAAUUCACAACUGUUUAUCCGUACUUCGUAAAUACUGGACUUGUUACAAAUUUCAAAUUUCGGCUUCCACGGUUAUUACCAGAACUUUCACCGCAAGAAGUAGCUUCGUCAAUAAUUAAUGCGCAAAGACAAAAUUAUGAAAAUAAAAGCAUACCUUCAUAUUGGUUGUCCAUUUCUAAGAUUGGAAGGUAUGUAUAA